GAGAGGUGUGCCUGUUUCACCCGCAUUUCUCUCGAAGGACCAUCUUUUGUAAAUCAUUAUAACGGCACUAACAUGUCGACAAGACGAGCAAAACGCGAAGCUAUUGUAAAGGUACAACUAUUGGAAAGGACCCCUGUGAAUCUUGAGGAAGCGGUCCGACGGUCAUCUCGCAAAGCCUUACUAGCUCCUAAACGCCUUCAGUACUCUCCUGAAGACAGCACAGCUGAAACACCGAAGAAGAAAAGGAGAACAAAAACGCACGGUGACAAAAACACACAGAAUAAGACACAGGAUGUAAAGGAGGAGGAAGCUGAAAGUAGUGAUGUGGAGCAUACAUCUAGCGGACAUGGAGGACUUUCAGCAUAUGAACUGGAGCGACUGGAGAACAUCAGACAGAACCAAGCCUUCCUGUCUUCUAUCAACUUAUUUCAGGCCACGGAGGAGUUGAAGCAGUUGACACGGCCAAAGCCAUCGCAGAGGGGCCUCAUGAGGUCACAGGCUGCUGCUAAAGAAGUGCUGCCAGCUCGCAAAUCCCUUCGUCUCCAAAAUAAAGAGGCAGAGAUCUUGACUCUUCCCCCUGAACCGAGGGGGGCGCUGAUCUAUGAACAGUCUACACCACUCAAGAAGCCUCCUGGCCCUCUGCCCAUGGAUCCAGUCAACGUGGAAGAGGGAAGCAAACUGCCUUCAGAACUUCUUAAGCUCUGCUCUGAGAACUCAACAGAGGAUAAAAAGGUGGAGCUUGACCUGAAAGAGUACAGGUCAGCCCUUAAGAACAUGAGGAUAACUGAGGACAGAGUGGCCAAAGUGGUGAAGGAUCGCAUCUUCUCUGCUGCUUUCCACCCCUGCUCCAGCAACCUGCUGAUGGCCGCAGGAGACAAGUGGGGGAAAGUUGGCCUCUGGCAGUUGGGUGGUGACUGGGGUGAUGACGGCGUGCUGCUCUUUGAGCCUCACACUCGUCCAGUGGGCUGCAUGGCGUUCUCCAGGGCUCAUGCCACCCACCUGCUGAGUCUCAGCUACGAUGGAUCUCUGCGCUGCAUGGAUGUAGAGAAGGCUGUCUUUGAUGAUGUGUAUGAUAUUGAAGAUGGCCUGAAAACCUUUGACUUUAUGUCACAUGACUGUUUGACACUGGUUGUUGGGAACUGGUAUGGAGAAGUUGCCAUCGUCGACAGACGAACCCCAGGAAACUCCCACGAGUCCCUUCACUCACUGGACCCAAAGGCUCUGCGAUGUGUUAGCGUCCACCCUUUACAGAAGCAGUACUUUGCUGUGGCAGAAAGCAAGGUAGUGAGUAUUUACGAUAGCAGAUGCCUGAAGAAGACCAAAAGCCAGGCAGUCUCCCAGCUGCAUGGCCACUCUUUAAGCAUAUCCAGCGCUUAUUUCUCCCCUUGCACGGGGAACAGAGUUCUCACUUCCUGUAUGGAUAAUCACAUAAGGGUAUAUGACACAUCUGCAAUGACUACAAAAUCUCCCCUGCUGACAACCAUCAGACAUGACAUGCAAACAGGCCGCUGGCUGAGCAAACUGUCAGCAGUGUGGGACCCCAAACAGGAAGACUGCUUUGUGGUGGGAAGCAUGCUGAAGCCUCGGAGGGUACAGGUGUUCCACGAAAGCGGGCAGCCGCAGCACACCUUCAUGAAUGACGAGAAUCUUAACACAGUGCUGUCAGUCACUGCUUUCCACCCCGCAAGGAACGUCUUACUGGGGGGCAAUGCAUCAGGUCGCCUGCAUGUCUUCUCUGACUAAGAGAAAGACCUAAACAUGUAUGACCAGUACCUCCAGUUGCCUUCAGCAGGGCUGAGGAACAGGUUCCCUCCUUUAGCUUUAAUACAUUAUUUUCAUUCUCGUACUGUAGCUAAGUAACAUGCUAGUAAUUUACAUAUUGCUUACUGUCUUUAAAUCACUAAUCAUGUUCAUAGAGAUGUUACAAUCACAGGUACAGUAUGAUCAUUCAUACCCUGUGCAGUAACGCAGGAUCAGAGUUUUCUUCUUCACUAUUCACAACAAAAUACACAUUUAUUCCUACACAGGUUAAGUAGUGUCAGAGAGGCUCGUCAAGCUCCUGCUUUUCUUAGAGAUGCGGAGAAACGGAGAGGAUGUGUUAAUCGGCAUGUACAGUGCUCGUACAGCGGCCAGCAAAAGCUCAGGUUUGGUCCAGAUUUGGCAGAUUUGCAGCUGUGCCAGAUUAGUUCCUUGGAAAUUAUCUUGACUUCUGAUUGGAGCCUUUCCGUUAACAUGUCAUCAUCUUUUGUUUUUUUUUUUUUGUUUUUUUUUUAUUUUGUUUUUGAAAGGGUGUUGUCUAAGCAGCUGUUGGACCUUUUGAAAGUGAGGUGACUUUAAUGUCACUAAAUACAAUUUCCAUGAUAAUACACAAAUCUGUCAUUCCAUUUUGAGAUAAGAUUUUUUUUUCUAUUGAUCAGUAACUAAUUUACAUCCUGUGGCAUUCAAAAUAAAAAGUGAAAAUUCAGGGGUUUGAAAAGUUUGUAUUGCUGACUCUGUUUACUUUUUUGAUCUCAUAUUUACUUUGUUAUUCUCAUAUUUGUUAUUCUUCAAAUGUCCUGCAGAACCUAAGAAAUGUCUAAGCUGGGUUCCCUGAUAUAUUUGCUUGUUUUUUGUUCUUGUGGUUCCAUGAAUUUGUAAGAGCAACAUUAUUUUGACCAAGUGGCACCUUUUGUAAAGUAGAUGUUUUUCAUUUCAUGUUUUUUUAUAUGUUGUUUCUGAAGCAAAUAGAAUAAAUAUAGAGACAUUUUUAUA